AUGACGCUUCCCAUAGCUCGUCUCAUUCACGCGCAUGGCAAUUCGACGUUUCGAAGAGCAGCAUACAUAUUCUGUGUCACCCUACUCACCUGUUCCCUCCUCACUGGUAUCAUUAUCCUCUACCUUGUCGUCCUUCCCUACCUGCACGAGCACGGCUUCGAGGAGAGCGUGUGUCGGAUCGAGUCGAUCGAAAAACACAUGCCCAUUCUUAAGUGUGAAAAUCGCUGCUCACGCGAACGCUCCCUAUUCCCCUGCCUCCAUGUGACGGUUGUGUUUGAGAAAAACGGAACAAAGUACUCGGCGACUUUGUUUGACACCAUUGAGACGCACGAACACUAUCGCAGGUACAAGUGCGUCACUCACUACUGCCACAAAAGGCUAGAGGAGAAUCUUUUCGCCAUCAGGGUCUUCCAGUGGCGCCUCGAGAAGCGACCGGUGUUCAGGUGCUUUGUCUCCUGGGCGGUCCACGGAAACGAGGCGCUGAUGUACAAGUACCAUCGUCCGUCGACCGUCUUCUACGGCGUCUUCCUGCCAGUCACGUGUUUCCUCACCUCGUUGAUCUGUCUUUUGAUACUCUGGCAUUAUGACCGGUGUCGUGUCUGGCACCUGCAGGAGGACAGUCUUCGAUUUAUUAGUGCAGUUCCACGCCGUGGAACGAUGGAGUGA